CAUCGAGAGCCAGGCCAAGCUUCUGGAGACGCAGCGCCGCCGCAUCGAGGAGCUCGAGACCCAGCUGGACCGGGUCAACCAGGAGAACCAGGACCUGCGCCUGGACCGCAGCCCCUGCCCCGAGCCCGCCUCAGGCCCCGUCCAGAACCACACCGACCAGAGCCCGACCCAGCCCUCCUCUCUGCCCCUGCACUCCUCCUCCACGGGCACCGGUACCAACCCCGGGCCGCUCCACAACAGCAACAAUGGCACCGGUGGAGGUGGCAGCACUGCCACCAGCCCGUCGACCCCCACGGCGCCCUCUGCUGGGCUGAACCGUGAGCGGCGGAGCCACACGCGUCUGACCCGCGGGCUCUCGUGCGGGGCGGCACCAGUGGACAGGGAGCGGGGACGACUGGAGCGGAUCGACAGCUCUGGGACCAACACCACCCCCACACCACGCAGACAUGUCGAGGUCGAGUCCCGGAACACAGACCACUCAGGCACCUUUGCGGACACUAGCCCUCACGCUGCCCCGGCCCCCUCCUACCUGCGCGGCGCAGAGCGCUUCGGCCCCGACAGCAGCAGCAGCAGCCCCCCCGCCGGCCCCGGCCCCGGUCCCGGUCCCGGUCCCCGGGGGCCCUGCGUGGCUCCCCCCAGCCCGGCAAGCCUCGCCUGGGCCCAGCGCACGCGGCACCAGCCCGCCAGCUUAGCCCUCCGCAAGCAGGAGGAGGAGGACAACAAGAAAUGCAAAGCGCUAUCCGACAGCUAUGAACUCUCCACCGACCUACAGGAUAAGAAGGUGGAGAUGCUGGAGAGGAAGUAUGGCGGCUACUUCCUGAGCCGGCGAGCGGCGCGCACCAUCCAGACGGCGUUCCGCCAGUACCGCAUGAACAAGAACUUCGAGCGCCUGCGCAGCUCCGCCUCCGAGAGCCGCAUGACGCGCCGCAUCAUCCUCUCCAACAUGCGGCUGCAGUACUCCUUCGACGAGCGCCCGCCGUCCCUGCCCUCGCAGACGCCGCCCGCGCAGACGCCCUACGGCACCCAGGGCAUGGGCACCCCCGAGCUGGAGCCCGGUCUGCCCGCCGCACGCUCCGCAGGGGACUACACACACCUGGAGGACUCCUUCUCCAAACAGGUGAAGUCUCUGGCCGACUCCAUCGACGACGCGCUGACGUGCCGCGCGGGCCGCGAGGACUCUCAGGACGGCAGCGGGGAGGUGUGCGGCGGCAGCAGCACGGCGGAGGAGUACGGCGAGUGCGUGUGGAGCACCAGCAGCCACCCGUCGGCCUCGCCCUCGCCCUCGUCCCGCCGCGGCCCGGGCCACCGCCAGCGCAGCGGCGGCGGCGGCGGCGGCGGCCUGAGCAUGCACGAGGACAGCACGGCCACGUCCUACAGCGACGUCACGCUCUACAUGGACGACGGCAUCCCCUCGUCGCCGCUCUCGCUGGACCGGGCGCCCAGCAGCACCGACACGGAGUUCUGGGGCACCAGCGGCAUAAUGGGCGGCGGCCGCGAGGACAGCCGCGACACAGAGGGCGGCGGCAGCGGCAACAGCCGGCGGAGCACGCCGUGCACCGAGUGCCGCGACUACCGGCUGCGCGGGCCGCACCUGCCCGUGCUGACCAUCGAGCCGCCCAGCGACAGCUCGGUGGACAUGAGCGACCGCUCCGACCGCGGCUCGCUCGGCCGCCAGCUGGUGUACGACCAGGACCCGUCCGGCGGCGGCGGCGGGGGGGGAGGGUCUCCGCAGGGGACGCUGAAGCACAACGCCACCGGCCCCGGCGCCGGAGCCCACUCGGCGAUGGUGCCCUGCGCCACGGCUCAGGGCCAGACGCGGCCCGCCUCGCGCCCGCUCCCCACCCAGAUCCCGCCGCAUCUGGCCCACCACCACCACCACCAUCACCACCACCACCACCACCACUACCCCGACACGCCCUCCUCGUCCUCGUCUCCGCAGCAGCCCCCCACCACGCCGCUCUCCUCCUCCUCGUCCGCCCCGCACGCCCCCGGCAGCCUGGAGCAGCCCUGCUGCUCGGACGGCGACAACGACUCGCUCAACUCCACCACCAACUCCAACGAGACCAUCAACUGCAGCUCGGGCUCGUCGUCCAGGGACAGCCUGCGGGAGCCCAUGCCGCCGCUGGGCAAGCAGACCUACCAGCGCGAGAGCCGCCAGUGCUGGGACUCGCCCGCCUUCAACAACGACGUGGUGCAGAGGAGGCAGUACCGCAUCGGACUCAACCUCUUCAACAAAAAGCCAGAGAAGGGCAUCCAGUACUUGAUCGAGCGGGGCUUUGUGUCUGACACGCCGGUGGGCAUUGCCCGCUUCAUCCUGGAGAGGAAGGGCCUGAGCCGGCAGAUGAUCGGAGAGUUUCUGGGCAACCGGCAGAAACAGUUCAACAAGGACGUGCUGGACUGUGUGGUGGAUGAGAUGGACUUCUCUGGUAUGGACCUAGACGACGCCUUGAGAAAGUUCCAGGCUCAGAUCAGAGUUCAAGGAGAAGCCCAAAAAGUGGAGAGACUAAUCGAGGCAUUCAGCCAGCGGUACUGUGUGUGUAACCCUGCGCUGGUGCGUCAGUUUCGGAACCCAGACACAAUCUUCAUCCUGGCGUUUGCCAUCAUCCUCCUCAACACGGACAUGUACAGCCCCAACAUCAAACCAGAGAGGAAGAUGAAGCUGGACGACUUCAUCAAAAACCUCCGAGGUGUGGAUAAUGGGCAGGACAUCCCCAGGGAUCUGCUGGUGGGGAUCUACCAGCGCAUUCAGAAGUGGGAGCUGAGGACCAAUGACGACCACGUGUCCCAAGUCCAGGCGGUGGAGAGAGUAGUGGUCGGCAAGAAGCCAGUGCUGUCUCUGCCCCAUCGUAGACUGGUGUGUUGCUGUCAGCUAUAUGAAGUCCCUGACACAAACCGACCACAGAGGACAGGACUUCAUCAGAGAGAGGUCUUCCUCUUCAACGACCUGCUCGUGGUCACAAAGAUCUUCCAGAAGAAGAAGACCUCGGUGACAUACAGCUUCAGACAAUCCUUCCCAUUGGUGGAGAUGCAGGUCCACAUGUUCCAGAACUCCUACUACCCUCACGGUGUGAGGCUGACGUCGGCCAUCCCAGGCGGGGAGAGGAAGGUUCUGAUCGUGUUCGCCGCUCCGAGUCAGCAAGACCGCACACGCUUCGUCAGCGACCUGCGCGAGAGCAUCGCCGAGGUGCAGGAGAUGGAGAAAUACCGAGUGGAGUCGGAGUUGGAGAAGCAGAAGGGUGUGAUGCGUCCCAGCCUGCUGACGGGCGGUAUGGGGGGGGGCGUGGGCAUUGGGGGGGUGAAGAAUGACGUGGUCAACGGCUCCCUGGGAAGGCCCAGUCUGGACGACACCUACGCCCCGUCUGAAGGCCUGAAACGCAGCGCCCUCAGCUCGUCUCUCAGGGACCUCUCUGAUGCAGCAGCCCUCGUCCUCACCAACGCUACCCCGUAGCCACUGUGCUCCCCAGCAGCUUUGGCCUGGACGACUACCGCCCGCAGCGCCCCAUCCUGAGCCCCGGAGUGAUGGGGAUGGGGGGUGGGCCGGGGCUCGCACACACGCCUGGGGUGGUGACUGGAGGUGGGCUAGUCUCCAACAGCAGCGCGGCGGCGGCGGCGGCGGCUGGGG